UUUCGUGGCCUGAGCAGUGCCACAGACUGAUCGACUCCAUGCCACGCCGCAUUGCUGCAGUAAUUCAGGCAAAAGGAGCCCCAACUAAGAUCGAGCUCUCAGUGAAGGGCGGAGCUUUCGUGAGCUGCUGCUACAGGGACACCAAGAUGGAAAUCCAGGGGCUUACUGACACCAAAAACACUCAGUACCAACAUGGCGUCCCGCUCCAUACGACAUUCUCUCAGCAGACAACAGCUUCUGCGAUUCAUGCGAGAACACGUCUGACUGAAAAUGCGAUCUCAGGUCUUUCGGGAUCGCUGGGCAUUGAAAGUGACGCCAACAACAACCGGGCCAGAUCCUCACCGCUUCGAGUUGCGGAAAAUGGCAGCGGCAGUGCUCUGUCUCUUCAAAACAAUCAUGGUAAGAAAUAUGAAUAUGAUAUUCAGUCAGGAGAUGCAGAACUCGGUGACGUGAAUGCGUCCAAACAAAAGGUGUUUAAUGAAUUAGACUUGCUGCCUUCCGAGUUUGAGAGGGCAGUCGAACACGAUGAAAACGAUCUACAAAUGGCGCUUCCCCUUCUGGACACCGAGAGCUGUGAACAAAGACUCACGACAGAGAGGAUUCUCAGCAGCACCUCUACCUCUUCAAACAAGAGCCCAGAGGAACUAUACGUGGUUUUUAACAUAGUGCACAAAGAAGAUGACAGUAAGGAACGACAAAUGAGCUUUCAACACAAAGCUGAAGAGAAUGGAUCAUCAUCACCCAAGUCAAAGACUUUCAGUUCCCCAGUAGAUUCAGAUGAAAACUUCAACAGAACAUCCAAAUCGGGACAUUUGUCAAGCCACAGUAAUUUAAAUUCCAGAUCUGAGACAACAGACCAAAAUGUAAGACAUGAGAUCUGUCUUUUGGCAGAGAAUAGAGAUCCAAUAUUGUCAGAAGGCUAUGCUGGGGGCAGUCAAACGCCAAAGGUCUCUAACGUUACUGUAGAAAUGCUCAGCAAUAAUUUAGUUGAACAUUCAACAGAAGAGCUGAUGCAGUGCAUCACGAAGAAUAAUAGCCCUGUGUUUGUUCCAGAGAACAGGGUUGCACCUGAAAUGAAUAUCAUGGAUUAUGCAAAUCAAGAGUCAAGUAGUAAUGGGGACUGUGGUCCUGAUGGGACUCCAAUACCUGUGCAUGAAACGUUCUCUGGGACCAUCAUGAUUAACAAUCAGAGUAUUAUUGUAACUAUUGAAAAUGGAAUCUUGACCCUAGCCACCCCGCCAGAGGGCUACGCUUACAAGGAGGAUGGUAUGAUAAGCUUAAAAGAACAUUUGGGAAUGAAAGACAAUGAAGAUCUUGUGCUGCUCAAUUAUGAUGGGGGAAGUAAGUCCAUUGGGAAACUUAGCAAUGUCAACUCAAGUCUACAAGAUGAGCCUAAAGCCAGAUUCGCCGGCAGUGAUUCAGAGUUGAAUCUAGCUGAUGACUGUUCUCUAUCAGAAAUGGGUGUUACUCUGGACUCUUGCUCAUCAAUUAAGCAAGAGGAAGGAACCGUUUGUGCUAUAGAAGAAGAUAGUAGUAUUUGCCAAAAUUCAAAAAGCAAAUCAAUUACUUGUGAAGAACUACAGCCAAUAAACUUAUUAACUGUGUCAGGUUUGACCAAAAAAGGUUCAGUAGUAAAGUAUAGAUGUCCCCAGCCGGGCUGUUCCAGUACCUUCGAUACCAGGCAAAAUCUCAAAAUCCACUUGGUUCUACACACAGAGGACCAGCGUCCCUUCAAGUGCACAGUGGAGGGCUGUGAUUGGUCCUUCACAACAUCAUACAAGCUGAAACGCCACCUGCAGUCUCAUGACAAAGUGCGUCCUUAUAAAUGUGAAUGGGAAAAUUGUGGUCGCCGCUUCACCACAGUUUACAAUCUAAAAGCUCAUGUUAAAGCACAUGAUCAGGAAAAUUCAUUUAUCUGUGAAGUAUGCAGUGAGAGGUUUCGCACUGCCACGAGACUCACUAAUCAUCAAAGAACACACUUUGAACCAGAGAGACCACAUAAGUGUGAGUUCCCAGGAUGUGAGAAGACCUUCAUCACUUUCAGUGCCCUGUUCUCCCACAACAGGACCCACUUCAGAGAAAUGGCUCAGUUCACUUGUACCUAUCCUGGCUGUGACAAGCGAUAUGACAAAGCUUGUCGGCUCAAAAUACACCUCCGCAGUCACACAGGUGAAAGACCGUUUGUUUGUGAUUCUGACUCCUGUGGUUGGACUUUCACAAGCAUGUCCAAAUUGCUCAGGCACAAACGGAAGCAUGAUGACGACAGACGGUUUGCAUGUCCAGAGGAAGGCUGUGGGAAAUCCUUUACACGGGCCGAGCACUUGAAGGGGCACAGUAUCACACACCUGGGUACCAAGCCAUUUGAAUGCCCUGUAGAAGGUUGUAAUGCAAAGUUUUCAGCUCGGAGUAGUCUCUACAUUCAUUCUAAGAAGCACAAACAGGAUGGAGUCAGUCUGAGGAGUCGCUGUCCUGUUGCCGGCUGCACCAAACACUUCUCAUCACGCAGCAGUCUCAAGACACACAUGCUUAAACACCACAAUCUCAGCCCAGAUGUGUUAAGUCAGUUGGACGACACAACCACUCUCACCCCCAGCAGUGAGCUGACAAGCACUUCGCAGGCUGUCAAUGCCCCAUCAGGACCUGCAGGAGCUGAACUCAGCAGUCUGGACUUGUCUUCUCUCUUCUCCAGCAUCCCUGCUUGUCCUGGGACCACCGCUGUAGGCAGUGAAGGCAGUACUGGUGCAGGAUCCUUCUCCAUGGACAUGCCUCUGGUUAACACCGGAAUCCUCACAAUAGAUCCAGCAUCAGUCGGCUCGGUCCUUAAUGGGGCAAAAACUGUGGAUCCUCUCAUUUUAGCAGCUGGGCAAGAUAUGGGCGUACAUGUAUUAGACACAGGAUUGGGCACUGGCGGAGGUGGAGGGGUUUUGCCCCAUGCCACAUUGCAUUUGGAUGAUGUGCAAACAGUCAACCCAGAAGAGCUGGGAACUCUGACUGCUCUGACUAUUCAAAGUACUGCAUCUUCAGAACAACUCCACACUCUGAAUUCCUGCAAUCCCUUGACUGUAGAAUCACCAUCUACUCUCACGCCAACUCUUUCUUCAUCGCUCACUCAGUCUCUUUCCUCACUGACGUCGGCUCUUCCUCCAGCACUCAGUUCCUCUCUUGUUCCUUCUCUCUCCACCCCGCUCUCCUCCAUGGCUCUGGCGGCAACCCCUGUACCGGAAUUACUCUCUCCGCAGGCAAAGGCUGACCUACCAGGCAGAGAGACAGCCGUCGGGCCCUUGUUAAGCAGGGUGGAGGUCAUGGCUCAGUCAGAUGGCAGUAAGGGAAUGUGUCAGUUUGUGUUUCCCAGCCACAGUGGAUCCUACAGUGGACAGAAAAUAACAGAGUUGCCCUCGGUCGCGUGCCCUGUUAUGGAGAGCAGUGGAUCAGCACGCACAGACUACAGGGCCAUUCAGCUCGCCAAGAGGAGAAAACAGAAAGGUCCAGGCUCUUCAACUUGUUCCUCGGAGACUGGCCAAAGAAAGACUAAAGGAUCAAAGGGCACCAGCUCUGCUCCACCGACUAAUUCAGGUGCUCAUUUUGGAGAAGGAGCUGCUACAGGAAAUAGUGAGCUACCCAUCCGGGAUCCGGUGGCAGGUGCACAAUUUGUACAGAUUCAGCUGCUGCAGGAUGACCCUGCUGCUGAUGGAGACCUGGCUUUCCAGUUGAGUUCACAGACCUCGUGUUCACACUCUCAGCUCACUGUGGAUCUGCCUGUCAACAUCCUACAGGAACCUACAGUCAUGGCUGAAGAUGAAAAUGGAUCUGAUAACUCACAAUUCACUGGUAGCACCAUCAACUUACAAGACUUGGAGUGAUGGUGGAAACAUAAAGUGCUUCUAAAAGACCAUCUAUGUCAGGCUCUCUCCCCUUAGUCUCUCUCAUUCUCUUUCUCAGAUGAUCUUGUAACUUUUCUCAGUGCCUCCACUGGUUUUUAUCAUUACCUAAUUUAAGGAAAUCAUUGCAUUCAUGUUUAAUACAUGAAGUCAAUAGUACUGUGUUCCAUAAAGAUAGCUAAUUUGACCAAAAACAAUGCACAUUUAGUUUUGUUUAAUUUUGAUCAUGUGACUUGCUUGAUAAAUGCUUGAUUUUUCAAAGGUUCAUAUUUCAGUAUAAUGAUUUGUGAGCACAUAAACGAUAAAUGGCAGUGAACAUCAGCACUGAUCUGCCUCUUAACCAGAAUAAAUACUAUUGAUCUACGAAAACUUAACUGUUUGUCAUGAUUGUCAUGAACUGUUUAUAUCUAGUCUGAUUUGACCUUAACUUAUUUGCCUGAUUCACCACAGUUGUUUUGAUGCCUAUUUUUGUAUGGCUUUGUAAAGUGCAGAUAUAGUUAUGUUUCAUGUUUGUGAAAAAAAAAAAAAAGGUUUGUUCUACUU